GUCCUGGAGCGUCUCGCGCGGGGAGGGGAGUCGAUAACUCGCUGUUAUCAUCAGAUCGUCUUGGCAACAGCAUUUCCAGAUCGGUGUAAAUUCGGGGACGCGCGGAAAACCCACGCAAAGAGAGAGAGCGAGAGAGAGAGAGAUUGUAUCUGUUGCAAAGUGGCCUCGAUGGCGGCUCAUCAGAUUAGCUAGCGGGGGCAACGGGGCUCUUAUCCGCCGGCCGAGCGUCACCACUCGAGCUGCCGCUCCCCGCCGCCACCGCACCGUGGGGGGUCGCGUCGCGCCACGCCGAUCGGGGGCUCGCGCCGCCGGAACGGGGAGCCGGGAUCGCACCAUGGGUACCUGUAGGACCCCCGUGGCGGUGCUGCUGCUGCUGCUGCUGUCAGUGCUGAGCCGGCCGUCCUGCGGCCAGUUCCCCACGCAAGUCGUAAUUAAGGAGUGGGUGGAACAGAUGCAGCAGGAGCUGGUGACCCUUGUGGAAACAGCAAGUGGAGUAAAGAGUUUUACCCAGAUUUUUCUGAAUAACAGGAAGCUCUACAGUGUGGAAACAAAUUAUGCUGGCCAGCUGGUGGCAAGUGCAGCCAGGAAUAUAGAGAAGUUGCUACUCAAAAGAUCGAUGGCGUUGGAGACGCUGGCGACUGCAGCGGAGAGGUUCCAGAUGGAGCACCAGUGGAAGAACGAGUUCGGGGAAGAUGACAUUGUUUAUUACAAUGCAAAAGAUAAUCUCGACGCGAACGAAACGGAGGGGCGGAAAAACAGGAUAAGGCCGGAGUUCAAGGAGGAUCCCUCAUUCAGACGGCUCAUUUCGUACAACCACACGGCGGUCCACAUUCCCACCGACAUCUACGAGGGCUCUACUAUUGUGCUCAAUGAAUUGAACUGGACAGAGGCCCUAGAGGAUGUGUUCAAGAAGAACAGGGAAGAGGACCCCACUUUGCUGUGGCAGGUGUUUGGCAGUGCCACGGGCCUAGCCCGCUACUACCCAGCAUCGCCGUGGAUGGAUUCGAGGAAAAUGCCAAGUAAAAUCGAUUUGUACGACGUCCGCCGGCGACCGUGGUAUAUACAGGGAGCUGCUUCGCCGAAGGAUAUGCUUAUUCUUGUGGACGCGAGUGGAAGCGUCUCCGGUCUGACCCUCAAGCUCAUCCGGACCUCGGUCAACGAAAUGUUGGAGACCUUGUCUGACGACGACUACGUGAACGUGGUUUAUUUCAACACGGGCGUGAGCAAGGCCGCCUGCUUCGACCACCUGGUGCAGGCCAACGUCCGCAACAAGAAGAUCCUGAAGGACGCGGUCCAAAACAUCACGGCCAAGGGCAUCACCAACUACAAAGAGGGCUUCAAGUUCGCCUUUGAGCAACUGUCCUACUCGAACGUGACCCGUGCCAACUGCAACAAGAUCAUCAUGCUCUUCACGGACGGGGGAGAGGAGAGGGCUCAGGAGAUCUUCGAGAAGUACAAUCCGGACAAGAAGGUGCGUAUUUUCACCUUUUCAGUCGGUCAGCACAACUACGACAAGGGGCCCAUACAGUGGAUGGCCUGUGCCAACAAAGGCUACUACUAUGAGAUCCCAUCCAUCGGCGCUAUCAGGAUCAAUACACAGGAAUACCUGGAUGUGCUGGGACGGCCCAUGGUGUUAGCUGACAAACAGGCCAAGCAGGUCCAGUGGACCAAUGUGUACUUGGAUGCGCUGGAACUGGGCCUUGUUAUUACGGGAACCCUGCCAGUGUUCAACAAGACCCGGACGAGAGACGAUAAAGACGGAACCCAGAAAAAGCACCAGAAUCAACUAAUACUGGGGGUGAUGGGUAUCGACGUGUCUCUUGAGGACAUCAAGAGGCUGACGCCGCGCUUCACGAUCGGCCCCAACGGGUACUAUUUUGCAAUCGACCCCAAUGGCUAUGUUUUACUUCAUCCCAACCUCCAACCGAAGAACCCUAAAUUCCAGGAGCCGGUGACGCUGGAUUUUCUCGACGCGGAGCUGGAGAACGACAUCAAGGUGCAGAUUAGAAGACUGAUGAUCGACGGGGAGACGGGGGAGCGCACCCUGGACACGCUGGUGAAGUCCCAAGAUGAGAGGUACAUUGACAGAGGGGUCCGAACGUACACCUGGGCUCCGGUUAACGGCACAGAUUACAGCUUGGCGCUGGUGCUGCCCGAAUACAGCAAGCAUUACAUCCAGGCGAGAAUCGGAGACACUAUCACACAGGCCAAAUGGCAAAAGGUUUCUGAAACUCUGCAGCAGGAGAACUUUGAGGAGUACGGCUACACAUUCAUAGCCCCAAGGGAGUACUGUAAGGACUUGAAGCUGUCGGAAAACAACACCCAGUUCCUUAUGGACUUCAAUGAGUACAUUGACAGAAAAACACCCAACAACCCAACAUGUAAUGUUACUCUGGUCAACAGGCUGCUCCUUGACGCUGGAUUAACUUCUGACCUUGUGUCCAUCUGGAAGGAACAGUCACCAAAGGGGGUCCUGGCCAGGUUUGUCGCCACGGAUGGAGGAAUCACACGUGUCUAUCCAAAGAGCGCUGGGGAAUUCUGGACAGAAAAUGCAGAGACCUACGAAUCAAGUUUCUACAAGAGGAGCCUGGAUAACGACAUUUACAUCUUUACUGCGCCGUUUUUCAACAAAAGCGUGGACGUCUUCGACUCGGGCAUUCUGGCGAGCAGGGCCGUGGAGCUCAACAUCGAAGGCGUCAAGCUGAAGCCAGCCGUGGUCGGCGUGAAGCUCAACGUCACGGCCUGGAUGAUGAGUUUCAUGAACGCCACCAUGAAGAUAAAUUGUAAAGAUGAGAUCUGCGGCUGUGUGAAAAACGACAAGCACGUCGACUGCGUCAUUCUUGACGACGGAGGAUUCCUGCUCAUGUCCAACCAAGACGAAUACGUUGCUCAGACCGGCCGCUUCUUUGGUGAGGUGGAUCCCAUCCUGAUGAUUAACCUGGUGAACACCUCCUUGUACUCUUUCAACAAGACCUAUGACUACCAGUCCGUGUGCAACCCAGAGCGGGAGAGCAAAGCGGCAGCUGGCCUGCGCUCCGUCUACGUGCCCACAGUUGCAGACAUCCUUAACAUAGGCUGGUGGGCCACCGCAGCAGCUUGGUCAAUAUUGCAGCAGUUGUUUGUUAGUUUUACGUUUCCCGGUUUCCUGGAAGCAGCGGACCCGGAGGAGGAGCUCUCCGAAGUGCUGUCCAAGGAGAGCUGCAUCACGGAGCAGACCCAGUACUUCUUUGAGGGCAACGAGAAGUCCUUCAGCGGAGUGCUGGACUGUGGGAACUGUUCCAGGAUGUACCUGGCCGAAAAGCUGCUCAACACCAAUCUCGUGUUCCUCAUCACUGAUGCCAAAGGGACCUGCUUAUCGUGCGACCCGAAACCGCUGAUACAAGCAGAGCAGCUGUCCACGGGUCCCGACCCCUGCAAGCUGGCAGAGAACCCCAGGUACAGAAAAGGGCCCGACGUGUGUUUCGACAAUGACGUCAAUGAGGAUGACUCUGACUGCGGCGGGGCGUCCGGCCUGAGCGCGUCGCUCUGGCCCAUGGCGGGUAUCCAGCUGGUCCUCUUCGUGUGGCUCGCGAGCGGACCGAGCCCCUGCCCGUCGUGACGGCCGAGCUGCGGGACGAGCACCACCGAGACGCGUACAUUUCCAAUCCUGCCAAAAUUUUCUUUCUGAGGUUCUGCGUUGUUGGAAGGAGGGGGGGGGGGGGGGGGCGGGAGGGGUGAAGAA